CCCGAGUAGAAGAAGCAGUUUGUCAGUCGCCCAGUCUCUCGGCCAGACCUCUCGGAAAGGUGUCUGCCACGACCAGUCUCCCCUGAAGGCACCCGCACUGUCCCGGGUCCCUUGAUCAAACUUCCCCUCCCCGGUGAUAUCAGACGGUUGUUUUCUACCAUGGCGACGAGCGCGAAGCGAAAGCAGGAGGAGACUCAUCUGAAGAUGCUCCGGGAAAUGACUAGCCUGCCCGCGAAUAGGAAAUGCUUCGACUGCGACCAGCGCGGCCCGACCUAUGUCAACAUGACAGUGGGCUCCUUCGUCUGUACCACCUGCUCCGGCAUAUUACGAGGACUGAAUCCCCCACACAGAGUGAAGUCCAUCUCUAUGACCACAUUCACACAUCAGGAAAUCGAGUUCCUACAGAAACACAGCAAUGAGGUCUGUAAACACAUCUGGUUGGGCCUCUAUGACGACAGGACAUUAGUUGUUCCAGAUUUCCGAGAGCCACAGAAAGUAAAAGAGUUCCUUCAAGAAAAAUAUGAAAAGAAAAGAUGGUAUGUCCCUCCAGACCAGGCGAGGGCAGUAGCCAGUGUGCAGGCCUCUGUGUCCGGCUCUUCAGCCAGCAGCACUGGCAGCACCCCCGAAGUCCAGCCCCUCAAGACCCUGCAGCUCAACAAGACCCCUCUGCACCAGUCUCCGGGGCGAGGUCGUUCCCAGGCUCUCAUCGCUGCUCAGGAGAAGAAGUUUGACCUCCUCGCCGACCUGGGAGGAGACAUCUUCGCUGCUCCACCCACUCAAACUUCCAGCUCUACCAACUUUGCCAACUUUGCACAUUUUCCAAGCCACUCGGCACCUCAGGGUAAUUCAGACACCAACUUUGCCAACUUUGAUGCAUUUGGAAACACUGCAAUUCCAUCCCAUCUGAGCACGUCACCCCCCCCAAAGUCCUUUUCAUCAGGGGGAGGUGUGCCAAUUCUGUCAAUGUCUAGUGCCGUCCCCAUCCAGAUAGGCGGCAGCAGCAGAGAGGACCGCUACGCUGCUCUGGCUGAGCUGGACAACGAGCUCAGCUCCUCUGUGAACUCAGGCAGCAGCGUGCCAGGGAAUUUAUUUGGACCUGUUCUUGGUUCAUCGCCAGCCCAGAAUCCACCUGUGUUACCCAGCAUGCAGCCUGGCUUCGGAAGUGGCGUCCCAUCCACUAACCCCUUUGUUGCUGCAGCCGUCGGCCCGGAGAUGGCCACCAACCCUUUCCAGGCCAAUGGCAGAGCUCCAGCUGCAGCCUCCUUUGGCACCGGCUCUAUGAGCAUGCCCGCCGGCUUUGGGAAUGUGUCUUCCUAUUGCCUCCCGACCAGUUUCAGCAGAAACUUCCAGCAGCAAUUCCCUGGCCAGGCUCCCAUCCCUUACUCUCAACCGGGGGCUUACCACCCUCAGUCUAAUGGGCCUGCAUUCCCAGUCUAUGGUCAUAACAAGCCCUCCAUGUCGCACUUUGGGCAGCCCAUGGCUGGCCCUGGCAUGUCCUAUAACCCUUUCAUGGCGGGUGCUCCAGCAGGGGCCUUCCCUUCGGGGGGUUCAACCAACCCUUUCCUGUAGCACAACUCUUACCUUUGCCACCAGAGGGCAGCAUGCAGCACAUAUUCAACGCACCAUUCCGUCAUGCAUUAGUAGCAGUACCAUUCUAUUUUUAAAGACUUCCAUUUUUUUUUCAUAAAAAAAAAGUUUACAACACUAUGAAGGAGUACAAAGGACUAUAUUGAAGACUAAGGGACUGUUAUGGGGAAAUGUACUGUUUGGAUUAUAUACAAUACAGUAUAUGCUUCUUAUGUUUUGUUUAUGACUGUAAGCUCUGUGCAUAUCAUUUGUAAUCACAAUUAAGUACAUGUUAUGUAUGACAAGGACUGAGUUACCAUUGGUAAGUAUACACAUGCCUUAUGGAAAGAAAUACCUCACUACAAUCUCCAUAGGUACGGGUAUAUACUUUAAGACAAUUAACAAGUUUCCAUCCAAAUCCAUGAUGAUGCAGGUAUUUUAUUUCAAAAGGGAUUUUAUUUUUGUUACAAUUGCAAAAUGUGAGAAAUGUCCUUUAUUAAAGGUGGGGUAGGUAAUUCACUUCAGAAACACUUUUUGUUAUAUUCCAUGGAAUGCUCUUAACAUCCCGAUAGCAAUGAAUAUAUUAAAUGCUUUGACAAUAACAUUUACAUAAAUGUCAUCUGUGGAAGCCAUGGUACUGUAAAAAGCACGACUAAUCAUCUGUGCCAGCCCGGCUAAAAUAACUGGAUGGCCUACCUGCCUGUCAGCCUUCCAUCUGUGCACAAAUGUAUCUCGUGCCCUCAUUGGUCAUGUGUGUUGGAGGAGGGGCUCUGUAAGGAAGUCUGAAGGAAGGGCCAGAUUUGUUUUGGCUGCGUACUUUCAAAUUCUAGCGCACUCGAGCUGGGUUCUCCAUUCUUACCUACCCUACCUUUAACUUACAAGUUGCCUAUGACUCAAAGCAUCAAAGCUUACGUCUUUUUAAACUAGUGUAACAUCCCAAGCAGGAGGAUGCGAUUCAGCUGUCAUUGUUUUAUUAAUUUUGCCAGUAUCUGUGAAAAAAAGGUUGUGGCUCUUUUUUUGGUUUGAAACCAAGAGGCCACCAUAAUUUUGGAACUGGAGAGGCAUGUCUACCAGAGCACAAACGAAGGGAAGACACAAGAAGUGCAGGCUUUCAAAUGACUAUUUGUAUAUCCUGUUACCCUACCUAUUCUCUAAAUGUUGGUAAAACUGUUAAAUAUACUCUUAUUUAAUCUCCUGCUUUCAGAUAUUCACUAUAUUUUAUGAAUAUGUUAAAGACAAACGGAAAGACUGUUAAGAAAGCUUCAGGGUUGAGAAACAAGUGGUGUAGUUUUUCACAUGGUUGCGGGUGACUCGAUGACAGGUUAACCAGAAAAAAUGGACAACCUUUUCAAACUAAAAAUAUGUAUGAAAAGUUUUAUCACUACACUCCCUUGAUAUCUGUCUUCUUCUUUGCCUUCAGAAGAACAGAAUGAGGAGGAAUGUUGCUCUCCCCUCAGUUUGCUUUAAAUUAGGCCGAGGAAAUAACUGAUGUCGGGAUUACUUCAUUACUUGAUCAGCCUGGGACUCUGGCGUACUAGUUUCUCAAUUGUGCCACCAAUGACUAACAAUGAAUUUGACAAUGUGUUUCUUGUCUUUGCAAGAAUAGGUUAGUAAAUGUGUACAUAUAUAAAUAUAUGUAUAAAUAAAUUAAAAGAUUUUUAACUACAA